AUGCUCACAUUCAAUGGCUCCUUCUUCAUGCCUUCUGUUUUUACACUAGUUGGGAUUCCUGGCCUGGAGUCAGUGCAGUGCUGGAUUGGGAUUCCAUUCUGCACCAUGUACGUCAUUGCUGUGAUUGGGAAUUCCCUCAUUUUGGUUAUCAUCAAAAAAGAAAACAGCCUCCACAUACCCAUGUACAUAUUUUUGGCCAUGUUGGCAGCCACAGACAUGGCACUUAGCACCUGUAUUCUUCCCAAAAUGUUAGGCAUCUUCUGGUUUCAUUGGCCAGAGAUUUCUUUUGAUGCCUGCCUGCUGCAAAUGGGUCUUGUUCACUCAUUCCAGGGAACUGAAUCAGGCGUCCUGCUGGCAAUGGCCCUGGAUCGCUAUGUGGCCAUCUGUAACCCCUUGAGACAUGCUACUGUCUUCUCCCAGAAACUCUUGACUCAUCUUGGAGUGGGAGUAACAAUGAGGUCUGCCAUUCUUUCAUUACCAUCCCUGCUGCUUAUCAAAUGCCGACUGAAACUCUACCAAACUACAGUUAUUUCCCACUCUUAUUGCGAGCACAUGGCUGUUGUGAAACUGGCUGCUGAAGACAUCAGAGUCAACAAGAUAUAUGGCCUAUUUGUUGCCUUUGCCAUCCUAGGAUUUGACAUAAUCUUUAUUACCAUGUCCUAUGUUCGAAUCUUUGUCACUGUCUUCCAGUUGCCCCAGAAGGAGGCCCGAGUCAAGGCCUUCAAUACCUGCGUAGCUCACAUCUGUGUCUUCCUACCAUUCUACCUCCUGGCCUUCUUCUCUUUCUUUACACACAGGUUUGGUUCUCACAUACCACCCUAUGUUCAUAUCCUCUUGUCAAAUCUUUACCUGUUAGUCCCACCUUUUCUCAACCCUAUUGUCUAUGGAGUUAAGACCAAAGAAAUCCGCAGACAUGUCUGGAAAAUGUUUGUCUCCUCCCCAAAUUCUUGA